AUGUCAAAUAAUUCAUCACCGAGUACUCCGGUAUAUGGAGGAGAUGAGUAUAAUCGACGUCUGGCCGAAAUACAUAGCCAGUCUCCAGUUCUCAUCAACAUGCAUGAGCAUGACUUUUUCGUAUAUGGUGAAAUGACUCAAUCCGGAGAUAGUGGUUACUUGACUAACCAGGGCACGCAAGUUGAAAAUAAUGAUUGGCAUAGGGCAUUUUCGCCUCUUCAUCCCCCUGCAACACCAUCACCACCUCGAGUAUCACAGAUGGAGAAUUGUCAACGUUCUUUGACACCGGUUCAGCCUGUCUUGUUGGAAGAAGCUUCGCCAGACAUGUUUCCACCGACAACACCGAUAGCAUACGUACUGAGGGUGAGAAACGACCUUUUUCCAGACUCAGAUUCCCAGUCCUCAGUUUCAAAUAGCACGGUAGGAAUUCCUCGGGCCAUGUUAGCCCCCGAAUAUAACAUGCUAUUUGAAGGGAAAAUUAUGAAUACGUCGCGUCAUUCUGGAGAGCAGACAGCAGAAAUGGAUUGGAGUGAAGACGGAAAUGACGAGGAGUUGAUCAGUAAUAUGGAGGCAUAUGAAGAUGAUGAAGAACUUAACCUGCACAUGGAUGAAUAUGAAGGUUUUUGA